UAGCUCUUCCAAGCAAAUCGUGAUCAAAACAGCAUUGUGACCAAUGCAAUUAAUCCAUCUAUCAGAGCGCGCUAUGUGCGUCUUAAUCCGCGUGGCUGGCGUGGUUAUCCAUGCUUGAGGGCAGAAUUUUAUGGAUGCCCAGUUGGUAGGUAGUCGUUUAAACGAAAAAAAAAUAUUUAAUAGAAAAUUGUCUUAAUUUUUGGCAUCGUAAUUGGAAGGUCUAGACGAGCUUGUCUGCUUUCAUGUUCACCAGUAUGUCUGCAUGCAUGAUACAGUGUAGUUAAUAACUUUGUCUCUUAAAUUGGGGGCAGCAUUGUGUAGUGGUUAAGGGCGCGUGAUUUGUGAAAAAGAGGUCUAGAUUUCAAUUAAAUCCUCCUCCCUGCCGCCAGAUGGAUUUGUGUUGGUGGUCCCAGAUUCAACUCCUCCAAAUUUUGUAAAUAGGCAAGUAGUCAGCUUCACACCAGUUGGGAUUUUUAACAAGUUUCUGUUCAAUUUACAAUAUUUGUUUGUUUUUUCAGUGUCCCAACAAGUACUGACAGUAGCGCUAAACACUUCAACACUUAAUCGUUGGAUGUUGGCCACUAUUGAACUUUUUCCACUUUCACUUCAACACUUGAAUAAACUGAUUUAUUUUAUUUCAAUUAUUUAUUUAAAUCUUAUUUUUAUUCUCAAAGAUCGAUGUGACGUUCCACUUGGAAUCCAAGAUGGCCGCAUCACAAGAUCCAUGUUCACUGCCUCAUCCAUGCACAACCACUAUUACGGUCCUUGGAGUGCCAGACUGCAGGCGCAGAACCGAGGUUCUACCCGAGGGGGCUGGCUUGCCAAAUACCGCAACACCCAUCAGUGGCUGCAGAUUGACUUAGGAGUAAUUUCCGUUGUGAAGCGAAUUGCUACCCAGGGUCGGUAUGAUGCGAACCAGUGGGUUACAUCAUAUACUGUUUCCUACGGCAACAAUGGAGUCAGAUUUUUCCCUUACAAGCAGGCGAGAAGAACCAAGGUAAGGCAAUUGCAUUUCUUUAAAGCACGCACUUCUGGACUGGAACAGAAAAUUAAUAUUUUAUUUUAUAUUUUAUACUGUAGGUGUCAUGAUGACCAUUGCUGUCGCAUGCACAUAAAGUCCCUCUUCCAAGGAAACACUGAGCGGUACUUUGUUGUAGUGCACAGAUUACGCCCAGCCAUCAAAGCCCGAUAUGUACGUAUUAAUCCCAAAUCAUGGUACGGACACCAUAUUGCCCUGAGGGUUGAGCUGUAUGGCUGCAGACUGGGUAAGCCGUAACCUGACUAUCACACACGGUUUUGGUUUUCUGAAAUUAGUCAUGUCACUAAGGCCCCGACCAUACUAAUGUGUUUUCGUUUGAAAAUGCAUACUUUUUGAUGUGUUUUCGCCUAUCGUUCACACUAAAACGAACGAAAACGUUGAUGAAAACGGAGGAUUUCAAAAACGGUUUCAAAAGUGGAGCCUUUUGAAAAUGCAUCGUUUUGAAAUGCUCCAUUUCUAGUGUUGAUAGGUGAAAACGGAGGCUUUUGAGAACAGGGCCGAAGAUAGCGUCAUAUAGUGUCGUUUCCUUCAGCGUUUUCGGUCGUUUUAGAGUGGAAGACAGGUGAAAACGCAUUAAAAGGUAUGCGUUUUCAUACAGGAACGCAUUAGUGUGGACAGAUGAAAAUCAACCAAACACUCAAGUGUGGGCAAAAAUAUUUUGCUUUGUUUUCGCUGAGACGAAAACAGAUAAUUUUAAAAACUCAUUAGUGUGG